ACUGGAAGAUGUGGAGUGGGCUGUUACCUCCAGGACUGAAUGAAAGUGAUGUUGAUCUAAGUUCUGAUGAUGGAGACGAAUCGCCUGAUUCCUGUUUGAAGCAAGAUGCAAAAGAAGAUGCUGAAAGAUUUCAGGGGACUGAACAGGAAAUUAAUGCCAGCAGUGAACCUGCUGUACCAGUGACAGAUGAAGAAGGUGAAUGUCAAACGUGCCCUCCUGGAGUUUCUGUAAAUAUCUGGAAUAAAUUUAUGGAGCUUCAGAAGAAACACCGUGAGAUGAAAAUGCAGGCAAAAGAGGAGAACAGAUGCCGAAAAAGAAAGCGCCGCCGAAAAGCAAAGCAGAGAAAGACCGAUGAAGUGCCUGAGAGUAGUCAGCAGUUGGAAAAUGAAGAAAAAUGGAAAGAACUUACACAAUACUUUGGAAUCAAUGAUAGAUUUGAAUUACCUGUGGACAGCAGGGCUCCACAAAAGUCUGGCCUUGAACUGAGCAUAGAGAAGUGUGUGGCUGAAGGUGACAUUGCCAAGGCUGAGGAGCUGAGUGACAGAUUAGCCACUCGUGAGCUUGGUGUGAAAAUUGCCAAAGCUGCCGCUUGCCGCAACUUUGUAAAAGCCAAGCAAGAAGCAGAGGCUGCCCAAGAAGCUCAAAAGAAAAAGAAGCUUGCUUGGGGAUUUGAAGCCAAGAAAAGAUGGGAAACAAAAAGCAACAUGGGAUACAUGUAAUCCAUCCUGUUUUCCUCAGGAGUCAAAAACCUGUUGUUACUUGAAGAAUUUUUGUGAGCAUCUUAUUAAAUCUAAAUAUAAAACCCCCCAAAACAAAAUAGAACACAUCAAAUACCUUGUAUUUAUGUUAAUGUUUUUAAACUGCACUAUCUUGUUUUGGCACUCUCUUAAAAAUAAUACAGCAAAAAUGCUAUCUAAACAUCAAUACUUUGUUAAUUUUCCUCCUAGAUAUGAAACCUAAAGAUAACGCAUUUCAUGAUGAAUUUGGAGUCUGGUAAAAAACUCUCUGAAGUUGGAAUAAAAUCCUUGGUCCAAA